AUGGGAAUACAAAAAAAUUUAAUAUAAAUUACCUUUACUCUUGCUUUGAUAGCAUUAGGAGGUACUGCUGCAUAUUAUUAUUCUUUUGAAAAUUUUGAAAAAUGCCUUUCAAAAUAGGAAUAAUAGUUCAAUUGUGAUUAAUAUGAUGGUUUUAAACUUAAGCUAGAAUGCAGAAGAUAUCUUUAAAAAAUAAAAUAAAUGAUUAAAAUUGAUGAGAUCUAUCAGAAACUUUAAGAUUCUUAACUAACUUAGAUCUAAAAACUUAAAAGAACUACAGAUUUUGAAAGAAAAAUUAGAAAUUUGCCUUAUGGAAUGGAAGAAAAAUUUGAAGAAAUUCAUAAUUAAGCCAUGGAAAAUUAUCAAUUCUAUAUGGAUAUAUUCAAUCCUACAUAUUAAUUUUGUUUGAAGGAUAAAUGA